GCCGCGCCCUGCGCAAGUACCCGCUGCACCACAUCAGCCGCUGGUCCAUGCGCGGCAACAGCCUCGUCUUGUUCACCCGCAGCCCGUCGGAUGUGGAGGAUCAAUCGCUGACGCUGGAGAGUGACGAGACCACCAUCCGCUCGGUGCUCGACACGCUCACCUGCUCCUGCAUGCAGAUGGCCGAAAUGCUGCAGAGUGGGCAGGGCCCUGAAGGUGCUGGCCGGGUGGCUGCAAACUCCCUCAAAGCAUUGCUGAAGAAGAGCAAGAAGCACGCGCUCUUGACGGCAGACCAGGUGGAGUUUUGGCACCACCCUGAGAAAGCGGGGUGGAUGCACAGCCAGGGAGAGCACAUCAAGACCUGGCGCAAGCGCUGGUUUGUGCUGAAGCAGGGCUUCCUCUUCCGCUUUGCUGCCAGCGACGUGGGUGCCGCCUCCAAGCCCCGUGGCAUCGUGGACCUGUCCACUGUCACUGACGUGGCAGAUGGCAGUGCUGCCACCGGCCGCCCCAACUCCAUCAAGCUGUCCACCGCCACCGGGCACAUCUGCUACUUGUGCGAGAGCGAGACGUCGCAGGUGGACAGGCCACCACAGCACCAUCACCCUGAGCUUCACAUGUUGCAUGGGCAAUUGCCAUGGAGGUGGGGUGGUCUGUACUCUAGGUUUUCCCUGCGGCCAUCCCCUGAACUGACGCUGCGCUCUGCUGGAUUUGGCUCACAGGUGGAGUGGUACAGUGCGCUGGAGGGUGCAGUUGCCAAGAUCAUCAAGCUAGUGGCGGGCGUCGAUGAGGAGCAGGGCGAGGGUGGCGGCAGUGGCGGUAGUGGUAAAGUUAAGAGCUGGGCGGAGGAACUGGAGCGCACGUAUGCAUCUGCGGGUGCGUCGGUGGUGCGAGCUGAGGGUGGUAGUCACGAUGGUCCCCUUUGCCCCCCAGGCUGUGGCUGUCGUAUGCAUGUUUAA